AUGGCGACAGCCGGGCCCCCAAACCCAACGUUCCUGGCCAAUCCGAGCCAGCAGGGUGGAGAGGACCUCAUCCGCAUGUUGAGGACGCGAUGGGACGAUGGGGCCUUCUCGGACAUCCGGGUGCGGGUUUUCAACAACGAGUAUCCCCUCCACAGGAUGGUGCUCUGCAGGAGCCCCUUCUUCGACCGCCUUCUGCAAGGGGAAUGGAGGGAGAAGAACAAGGAGGUGGUAAACCUGGAAUGCCCAGACCCCAACAUAACCUGUGAGGCAUUCGAGGUGGCCCUGGCGCACAUGUAUGCAAAGAGUGUGGAGCUGGAGAAGAAGAACGUGCUGCAGGUGCUGGCGGCCGCCUCCUAUUUGGACCUCCAGGACCUGUGCAACUCAUGCGUUGAGUUCAUCGUGGAUGAUAUGCGACACCCAGACAACCUCCUGCAUUACUAUGGUACCUUUCUGGACCUUGAGUUUGGACAGCAUUCAGAGAGGAUCCGCCGUGCAGGCUGGAGACACCUGUGCAUGAUGGGUGUGGACCACCUCCGCCCUGUGCUACCUCAGCUUGAGGUGCGUGCGCUGAAGAGGCUGUUGAUGUCAGAUGAGCUGUGGGUGAGGACAGAGCUGGACCGUUUCAACCUGAUCAAGGAUGUGCUGUUCCCAAAAUUUUACGAGGCACGGGAGGCAUGCAAGGCGGCGGCUGGGGAGGGGGGCCUGCCCCUGUGGUCGUGCCCAUCGCUGGGCUCGCCACGUGAUCCCUGGGUCGCUGGGGAUUCUUCCACCACUACCCAGGACAAGGGCCAGAAGGACGGUGUGCAGACGUCCACAAGGAGUCAAGACAAUGGUGGGUCGACCAGCGAUGCCCUUUUGGACUCUGCAGAAGCCAGGGACGUCGUGUCACCCAUACCCAGCACUAGGAUGCAGGCAGACAGUGAGCAGCAGGGCGGGGGCCCCCAAAAUGGUUCCACAGAUGAGCCAGUGGCUCAGUCCAGUGACCUCAACCCUGGUACAGACCCCCUGGACUCUGGAAGAGAGUGGCAGCUUCUCGAGACUGUCACGGAGGAGCCACCAGGUGAUGCCAACCUGUCCAGCGCAACGCAGAAGGAGGAGCCCCUGGCAGAGGUGGCGGAUGCCAAGGAAGAGCAAGAGAAUGGGACUUCUGACAAUUCUGGGACGAUCAUGGAAACUGCAUAUGACAUGACUGGUGACAGGACGACGGCAGCCUCUGAAGUUGUCAGCACACUGAAUGCAGUCUCAGACGUCCUGGGCCUGGAAGGGGUCAAGUACUCGCACAUUCAGCUGCCAGAUCUUGCAAAGAUUGAGAUCGAGCUGUAUGAGAUGCAACUGAACCGGGCUCACCAUGCUCUGCUGCAAGGCAUGAGGACAGAAACGAUCCUGAACCAGAGGAUAACGGCAUACUCAGCACAGGUCACUGCAGAGCAGCAACAGCAGCAGCCACAGGGGCAACCACAACAACAGCAACAACUCCAGAUGGCAGGACGGCACACAGUUCUGCCCAAGAAUCUACAUCCCUACACCAGAGAGGAGCUGCAGGAGCUGUACUCCCGAUGGUGGCUGCCAUCGUUUCGGUUUGGAGUUGAGUUCGAGAAUGUUAUGAGCAUCAAGCCCCACACAGAGCACAUCUCAGAACCGCAUUUCUAUGCAGGUUCUGUGUGGAAGGUCCGCCUCUUGAUUGACGACGCGAAGAACGAGGUGCGACUCCACCUGUUCAGAAACCAGAAGCGAGUGCCGGAUGUGGGCGGCAUACCCCUGUGCUACGACGCCAGGGAGGUGGUGUGCACGCGGUUCAAGUUCCUGGUCCCCGGCCGCGAUGAGACGGCCUCCCGGUCCAGCAGGCCCGGUCGAUUCCAGCAGAAGAAGGGACGGGGCUGGAAUGAUUUCCUGCAGCUAGACAGCAUCGAACGGUUCCUGACGCCCUGGGGCAGCCUGAGGGUGACCGUCAUCGUGUAUCCCCCUUUCGAGGAUGACUGA